GCUAACAGGUUUGCUUUUUCUCGGCAAUAAAAAAAUGUCACACAUGAAAAAUGCUAGUGAAGAUGCCAACAAAUAAAAAUUGUUAGUGUAAAUGGGAUUUUUAUUGCUCGUAUGACGAGUGGCAAGUACUUCUAAGCCUCGUUUUCAUUUCGUGUAAACACCAACAAAUGCCUACUAUUAAGGCUCGCCAGAGACAUUUCUUUCCUGAAAAUCAGACUCGUACCCAGUCGUUAUCUGCUGUUGCGUGGACAUCCACAGGAAUCCUGAAGCGAGGACGGAAAAAGAAUAACGACUGGCCAGAUUACAGAUCCAAGAUGGCGAACGAAAUCGGCGAGCAAAAAUGUUACGAAUUUUCACAGACGAAGAAGGACCUAUCCAUACUGCAUUUCUUGCCUGUAAAAUUCCAUGUGCACAUGACAACUGCAGAAAUAGCCUAAAUACUUUCCUGGAGUUUGGGAUUCGGCGUAAGGUCAUGUGCGAAUAGUGACUUCCUCGCUAUUGAGCUUCUUCUAAGGGAACAUAAAGACAGUAUGUGCUCGAAUUAUAUAUCUGAAAGUGUAUAUUUGUGAUAAAUACAAUCCAACCAGAGCAAUAUGAGUUCAAAUGAGUGCCAGAACACUCAGACUAUCCAAAUUCAUUUCAUGAAAUGAUGUAUCGAGCUCACCAGCCCACCAGUGUCGUCCGCCGUCUUUUGGUUUUACGAAACGAAAAUAUCGUCUAAUUAAACAGGGAACCACCGAAAAUAAAACUAAAUGGUUUACAACGAGUGUGUGUAGGUAGGCCCUUGGACUUGUGCGCAAAAAAGUAAAAAAAAACGGUCAUAAAAACGCUGCUUGCAAGAUAUUUGAAAAACUUGCAAGAUAUUUCCUGAGUUCUGCCAGACGUCAAGCGAAUUCCGACCACGAAACCGCAUCCUGACCGUCAUGCAUCGCGCGGCGUCUGGGUACGAGACUGCCUGAAAAUAAUGCAUUGUGACUUCUAGUUUCAAGAUGGACGCUAGCAUCCUUUGGGAACUUUCCCUGUACGAACUAGCACUGGCAGUGUUCGUCGUCCUUCUAUUAACAUGUCUAUUACUCAAACUCCUUCUUCCUACGCGUAGAGUUGGUGAUUACCACACCAAGUAUGUUCUCAUUACCGGCUGCGAUUCAGGGUUCGGUAGAGAUCUAGCCAUUCGUCUGGAUGGCAUGGGUUUCCAUGUAUUCGGCGCGUGUUUGACGCAGCAAGGAAUACAAGAGCUGGAGCAGACGUGCAGUAAACGUACCGUGGGUUUGCUUAUGGACGUCACAAACCAUCUUCAGAUCGUGCAAGCGUUUGAGCGAGUAAAGAAGGCGCUGCCUCCCGGGAUAGGCUUAUGGGCGUUGGCUAAUAACGCAGGUUAUGGUGCAUGUGCACCCAUCGAAUGGUACCCCCUCUCGCACUACAAACGAAUGGCAGACGUUAACCUGUGGGGGGUGGUAGACGUCAGCAAGACGUUCCUCCCGCUUGUGAAGAUGGCGAGAGGGCGUGUGGUCAACAUAUCCAGCAUUUAUGGGUUCUUCUCGCCAAUCUUUGGAUCCCACUAUGCCAUCACUAAAUACGGCGUGGAGGCAUUUUCAGACUCUAUGCGCCGUGAGAUGGCACGAUGGGGUGUCCGCGUGAGUUUGAUCGAGCCUGCCGCGUUCCGUACUCUUCUUUGGACAAAGAUAGCCGCAGAUCUAACGAGACUGUGGGAAGCGCUGAGUCAGGACUUAAAGGACGAGUAUGGGGGAGAGUUAACUUUAAACAAACAGAUUCAGAAGCUGAAGUCAAUUAAUGAGCAAGCGUCACCUCAUCUCUACAAGGUGGUGGAUGCCCUAGUCGACGCCAUUACGUCACGUGACCCCAAGCCUCGCUAUCUUGUCGGCUUCCAAGCUAAACUUUUAGGGCUCAUUUCUCUGCUGCCGACAAGUUGGGCUGACGCAAUUAUCGAACGCUGAUGUACGUGUUAUCAGGAUUAGUUCAGACGCCAGCCGCCAUUUGCUGGUUAUGAGUGUAUAGACAUUGGGAGAAUCAUAGUAUGGGAGCAUGUGUAAAAACGGUCGAUUCGUCACUACAAACAGACGUACGCAUGCCCCCCUCCCCUUUCCCCCCACCCAAGCCGCACCACAACAUCAAGUCACCUGCCGGUUCAGUAUAACCAAACAUCAAACAUCUAUUAUACUCCUUUAUUUCUGCUUUUCUCCUUUUUUGGGUUUGUAUCACACAAACAGAAGUCGUAGUAUUAACUUACCGAUACUUACAAGUCACCAAAAAUAUUGUCACUAUAUAGUGAACUAGACUCCAUGUUAAGCAUUUUAAGUGUCUUGGAAUGUUAUAAAUAUAUUUGUUUUAUAAUAUGUAGUGCUAUUUAGUGCUUUUACACAAUAAUGAUAUACAAUUUCUGCUAUACCAAA